CAGUCGGAGUCGAAGUCGAAGUUUCGAUGUGGCUGGCACGACUUGGAUUCCUCAAGGCUCCCUGAGGAAGAAGUUGCAUUCGGUGAGCGUAUGUCAGGGAGGAUGGCUAAUGAUUCAGAAACAAACCUUACCGAUCCCGCGGAUUCUGCUGAGCAGGCUAAGCAAUGUCAAGCUUUAGCGAGCGACAGCGAGGAUGGAGUUCAAGAUCCCGAGAAGGAAGAGGCUGCUAGCGAAAAAACGUUCUCUCCAUCCGGAACGCCCUCCCCUUUGCUUGAUUUCGAUAAAGAAAACGACGAUGACUACAUUUUUCCGGAACCCAUGGAUCCCGUAGUCGACGACGACGAGCUGGUAGAUCUCUUGAUCGAACAAGCCACCCUGCUUAGUAGGACCAUCUUCCGUUAUUUGAUGGUUAUGCCUUGA